AUGUCACACUAUUAUGACGUGUUGUCUACUCCACAAUUUAAUAAAUCGAGAGAUGAUGAACGUCGACAUGACAGAGACAACGACAAUGAGGGUGACUCAAACUACGCAAUGACGAGUGGUGACGAAAUCAACUACAUUGAGGCCUUUAACAAGUGGACUCAAUGGUGGGAUGCCUUGGCUGAGUCAAUUAUGGAAGGUUUGUCGAGGAACCCUAAGCACCCAUGGACGAAGGUAGAGGAGUCAUGCCUCGUUGGCUGUCUUGUGGACCUGGUUAAUGCAGACAGGUGGAGGUUGGAUAACAGGAUCUUUCAACUCGAUUACCUAUCACAACCGGUCAGAAUGCUAGUAGAGAGUAUAUUAGGAUGCAAAUUGACGCCAACGAUUAUGAUCGAAAGCAGAAUCAAGUUAAUGAAAAGAACCUUCCAAUCACUUGCAGAAAUGCGUGGUCCAACGUGCAUUGGCUUUGGUUGGAACGACGAGCUCAAGUGGGUUUGGACACAUCCUAUAGCAAAAGGUCUACUAAACAAAUAUUUUUUGCAUUACGACGCGUUGUCAUACAUAUCCGAGAAAGACUGCACGAUAGGGGUCUGUGUGGAGACCUUCGUAGAUAUCAAGUCUAAUGUACCAAGCGACAACGACGAAGUACGAGAGAAAGAUGGGCUGAAUAUGGAGUUUCCCACUGUGUGCAGCUCGAGAAUGAACAUGUCCUUAGAAGACAUGAUGGUCAGACGACCUUCUAGGUCCAGCAAUGCUAGACCGAGUUUGAGCAGAAGCAAAAGGAAGUGCGACAUGUAGUCAUUCGAUAAUUUUGACCUCAUUUGCGAUGCCAUGGACUGUACAAAUAAGCAUCUCAGGGCGAUUGUGAAAAUGGCCAGAUAAAGCCUGCCAUAAUGAAGUUGCUUUGCGAUGGGAGGUAAUUGCACACUUGAAGUCCAUUCCGAGCCUCAGUGAAGAGAACUUGACCAAAUGUAUGAUAUCGUAGUGACAACAAAAACGUCCAUAAUGCAUACAUCUUUUGACAUGUUUGAUGCCCUGAAGCCCACCUAUUGUAGGGUCAUUCUUCACGAUAACCCUCGAUUGUCAUUAUGCCUCAACCGCAUGACAAGUUAUUCA